AUGUGCAUCGAGGCCACUCGGUGGGCAUUUAUGUCUGAAGAAGCUGCACAGAGCCAGGUCCUUGCAGUACCUAAAUUCUACACUGCUAAAUUCUCUGAGACGCAUAGGUAGAAGAUUCAUUACUCACUUGAAUUCCUUGUGGAUACCACUCCCACACCAUUUUGUGAUCUUGCCAAUAUCAACAAUCCUGGUACUUCUAAGAAAGUAAAUAAUUCUUUAAUAAAAGCAUUACUGAUUUGCUAAGAUAAAAAUUCCACAUGGCAGAGAGACACGGAAGACAGGUUUAUUGCACUGGACAACCAUGAAAGUAGGUCAGAUACAUGCUUUCUGGAGAUUCUUGAUGGCUGUCACAGUGUGACAGCUACAGAAACAAUUGUAGCAAAGCUUCCACUUCCAUUUCUUGAACAGCUUUCUCACACAAACUCCUCCCACAAAAAUAAAAAUGACAAAAAGAAAUUCUAGAUUUUUUUUGCCAGACUAAUAAAGGCAGAUUACAGGGAAAAAGAGAAACCAGGAAAUGAGGAGACCAACAAGACCACUAUUAUGAAAGUGUAUGCUAAGUCCUUUUGGAGAAUCAGAUUUUUACACCUGGGAAGGAAUGAGGUUUCCAAAGUUCACUGGAGUGGCUGUUCAGUGGGAAAAAGAAUUCCUAGUGAAGAGGUGGAUGGCACUGGGGAAGAAGAAAGAAAACAUCCUGGAAACAACACACACAGCCCAUUAGCCAGGACAGCCAUAGGUGUUGCUGGGCUACUGCACGUUGCUAUUAUAGGUAAGUAUAUUCCACACCAGGAUUUUUUUCCCUUCAUCCAAUUAAACAAAGAAAAAAAAAAAAAAAAAAAAAAAGAAAAAGGAGGCAAGCCUAAAUUAAUCUAGAGAUUUGUUGGCAGUUGGUAUCUGGAGAUAAAAAGCAGCAACUCCUUUAACUUGACAAUGUGAAGGAGACAUGAUAAAUUCCCUCACAACUGAUACUGCUCUCAGACAACAGUAUUCAGCUUAUUAGAUAAAUAGCCUGAGCACAAUAUUUGAAUUAAAGCAUACAAUUCAAUUUACUGAUGUAAAAGACAGAGUUAGGAAGCAUUCCAUAAUACACAAGUGACCUCUGUAAGAACAGUAUGUUUUUUGGUUUUUUUUAAAAUCAAGAUGUUUAAAGUGUCACCACUUUAGAACAGGCUUCUGUUUUUUGAUGUGUCAAUGUCCUUGCAUCAAUAAAACAAGCUUAAGAUAUUCUUUUAAUUCAUCUGUUUCAUUGGACUAAGUGUCACCACAUUUUGCUACCAGCAAACUGAAAACAUGAUUUGAGGGAAUUAUCUGAAUUAUUACUUUCUGAAAUAGGAAUCUGUUGUAUUUUACUCUUAUGAAAGAACUAUUCAGACCUGUUUCCUUAUGAAGUAGAACCUUGCUUUCCUUUAGUACAGAAUCAGUUAUUUAUUACAAUCAGAAACAAUGACACAUUCCUAACUCUUCUUCACAAACCCCUGCUACAAGGGACACUAGAAGAUCUUGCAGACUAGCAACUCCAGUCAUUUUAUUUUCCCACCUGGUGUCUUUUGUUACCAGUUAAGCCCUCUCCUGUACUUAAAACAGCUGUGAGAUUACAAGUAAGAUACUUCCUUUCCCACAAAGGAGUGCACAAGCAGAGUUACAUAAAAAAAGCUUGUGGGUGAAGAGUUCUAAAUGGAUUUGUGUCUGCAGCUCCAUUCUAUUCUCUUCCAGCCUCUGCCUGAAGCACAUGCCCAGCACUACACCACUUCUCUAUCACUCUCCCUGGCAUUAGUAAGGAGUGGGCUGACAUUGCAGCUGACAUCAGAGGCACUCUCUUCUGUGAUGUGUGCAUUCACACAACUUGUAAGACUUCUUCCUAUUUCUCCAUAUGAAACUUGGCUAAAAUUAAUGAAGAGGGUCAAAGAUCAGUAGAAAAAGAGACAACCAUUUGAGAGACUUCAUUGUGGCCAAGACAAAAAAAAAUCAUGUUCUACAUUUGAAAAACACAAUUCCAGAUAUAAAAAAAAUGCUUUUCCUCAACAACAACUUGCACUCAUCUGCCAGCCUGUGAAACACUGUAAACCAACUUUAUCAUGCAGUGACACUGAUCUAGGUAACUGUGGUGUAUCCCACCUCCUCCAUUCUUCAAUGCUUGCUGCUACAGCUGUACUUUACCUCAAAUAAGCUUUCUGCAGCUAAGUGACCUUGACUGGUACAGGUAUCAAAACAGGUAGUUUAGCACUAGCCCAGCCAUUCUUUCAGGAAAUGCAGUCACACCUUUACUGGAAUACACAGCAUUAACUCAUAAAAAGGCUGCAAUGUUUUCAGAGGCAUUUGUUUCCACCUUAUUGGAAACACAUUUUAUUUCAAAGAAAUUGAUGAAGGCAGGAACUGAGGCCGGGUGAAUUCUUUACCAAAUUGCUUCUGGGUCUUGUUACCUGCCUCAUCCAUUCCUUACAGAGAGGGCUUCAUGCUGGCUGCAAUUAAGGAUACCAUAAAUUCAAGCUCUGCUAACAAGGUUUGAAGUUCAUCAGAGGUACUUUCAAAUCUUUUAUGAUUAAAGUCCACAUUUCUGAACCACUGCUAAAUACACAUUUAUUUAAUCUAAUACAAUUAAUUUUCCACCAAAUGUACCACAUCAAAGGAAAAAAAUUCACGCAACAUGAUUUUUCCCCAAGGAGUGUAUUCUUACAGAAGUACAGACAUGUUUCUUCAGCUCCAGGUAAGCAACUAAAUAAGAUGGUCAGAUACAAGGAGCAGGAGGUGGUAACAUGGGCCAUCUUCUUCAUUUAGUCCCAUAUUGAUACAUCAGCUAAGCUUUGUUGAUUCUUUUGCCCUGUCUCUGGUUGGCAGACAAGAAAGACUUGCAUCCAAAAGGGAUUAGAUUUUACUCUUUCUUGCAGUCAGAUCGUUCCACAUGGGUUAUAUUAUGGCCUUGGAUAGGCUUACAGUUGGUGGUCUUGCUCCAAGGGUUUAAAGGAUAUUUUAAACAUUCUUCUAGCUCUCCAUGGAAAUCAGAGGAAGGAGGGGGAAGCAAGCACAAGGAAACAUACAGAGCACAACUUAAGGCAUCUAAAGUUUAUAAUUAAUUAAAAAGGUGCGUCCUUCAGUUUGGUAUUUUGAAUCACUUUCUGAUUUAAGGCAGAAGAAAUCUGCUUUCACAGACUACACUCAGCUGUCUCCUACACUCGAUGAUGCCAAUAUUGCCCAAGAAACACAACUACUGUGUAAGCAAUGCCUACUCAUACACCCCUUUUCAGAGGUCUGUGCCCCAGUCUAGCCAGAUGAUAUUAAAAAUACAAUGUAAAUGAACACACUGCAGCCAGCUUCAUGUCUAGAAAGCCACCACAUCCCAAGCAAGUUCCUUCUGCCUGCAUUGCUUUUGCCCUCAUGCCAACACAUUGGAGGGGACUGAACAUAACUCAGGAAAUGGUCUCCCAGGGCAGGCACAGAGGAUCUCAAACAACAUACUACUUUGGUUCACAGCUCUUUCCAUUAUGCUCUGCAUUCAAAUCUGACAUUACCAGCUCCCUGCAAUGCUGCAAUUUCUAACACUUUUAAUUCUCAGAUUUCAGAAAUGUUGGGGGACAGGGAAAAUACCUCUUCCUACUAAAGCCAAGAAAUUAGUCCUCAACUUCCCACAAUGACCAAGAAUUCUUGCUCCCUUGGGCGCCUUAACCAAGUAAGAGAUUUAAGGCAUCCUGUAAGUAAACAGUAUAUCUUACAUCAUGUCCAAAUUAUUUUCAAGUACUAGAAUUUGUAGGCUGCCAGAAACAGUCUGAGCUGAAACUUCUUGGUGAAUUCAUUCAGACACUUGAAAGCACAUGUUCUCAUAGGAGAAAAAGUAUUUGAGAAAAACAGAGAAGUCGCACCUUGACGGGCUUUUAAACAAGAGUGCAUAUUUUUCAUAUUAGACUGCACUUUAAGCUGAAUGAAAUGUCACCUAAGACUCCUCAUAAGAGUUUAUCUGCAGUCAAGAGAUUAUGAGUCCAGAACAGUCUUCUAAGAAUGGAAGGGGAAAAAACACAGAAAACUUUGCUGUAAAACCAGAAACAAAUUCAAUGACGGACAUAUUGUUGCCUGUGAAGUAGACUAUUAACUAUGAUCUCAGGUUUCUUCCCAGUUCUUAACAAAAGGCUGAUACUGUCACAGCAGUAUCUUUAAAAAACCCAGUAUGCUAUAAAUGUUAUUUGAACUUUAGCUGAUGUAUGUGCAGUCUUACAUAAAAAUGGAGUCAUGUCUCUCAAGACUACAGCACUUCUAAUGUGACAGAAAACACUUCAGAAUGGUGGAAACAUUGGCACUAAUAAACCAGAUUUGUAGAGGGAUACCUGAGAACUACAAGGGCUCUUGGACAUCACAGAGCUCCAGUAAAAAGAACAUCUGUUAUACCUGUACCUCAUACUGUAUCUGUCCCUAUCAAUGUUCCUUGCUAGGUUCUUAUUUUGGCUUCUAUUGGGCUUUGAGGGGCUUUGGAUUACCUGAAGUGCUUGUACCAACUCUUAACAUUCACUCGUUAUUUGAGAAUGCAUGAACACUGUUCAAAAAACAGGACAUCGUGUGUCAGUAUCUAGUAGCCCUCACUGGAGACAACUUAACUGACUCAAACACUCUUAAUCAUCUGCAAGAUCAAAUACAGCUAUUUUAUUUCAAUCAAAGUAUUUUUCAGAGUGACUCAAAAGGCAACCUGAAACAAAAUCAGUGAAAAUGUUCUAGGAAGAACUAUAGGCAUAGUAAAAAUGGAAUUCCUAAUAAGGAAACCAAUGACCACAAAAAUCAACCUAAUCCAGAACUGCCUCUUUUCAGUAACAACGAAGUAAAUUCAAAGAAUAGAGAUACACUACUCCAAUUCUAGCAUACAAGGUGACUCUGAAGAACUCAGUUUGAAGAAAGAAAAUUUUAAUCUAAGUUUUCAUCCACAGUGAGACUUCAGAGCAAGAAAAAACCAACAUUUUCUGUGCAACAGGUCCAAGUCACAGCUAUAAACAGAUGCAAGAGAAUGUGCUGGCAUCAAGGUCUAAAGCAAUGAAAAUCACCCCAAAAUAGAGGAAACCAUGCCAUCUUAUUCUGACUCAAAUACAUAGCUGGCAGAAAAAAAUGGA